AUGGAGGUUGUAGGAGUACUUUGGGAAGUUGCUUCCUGUUUGUUCAGCUGCGGUAACGUCCAUGCUGCCUAUGUUUAUAAGCUAGAGAAGAAUCUAGAAUCAUUACAAAGGAAGUGGGUUAAUCUUCAAAGCAUUAGGAAGGAUCUGCAUAGAAGAAUCGAUGAUGCUGAGGAGACUGGGGAGAUGAAAAGGACAGAGGAAGUGAAUGGUUGGCUGGAAAAAGUUCAAAAUCUUCAAAAGGUAAUGGAGGAAAUUCAAAACCAAGGUUCUCAAGAAACUCAUAAUAAAUGUCUAAGCGGUUGUUGCCCGAAGAAUUGUGUGUCAAGCUACAAGUUAGGAAAGAGAGUUAUGGACAUGCUUAAGGAGGUGGAUGGACUCUUGGAGAAACGUUUUGUUGAUAUUACUUGCAAAGUGGAAUGUUUAGGAGAGCAAGAAGCAUUUGAAUUGUUUUGUGAAAUGGUAGGUGAGGAGACAUUAAGCAGUCACCAAGAUAUUCGAAAGUUAGCAAGAGAGAUGGCUAAAGAAUGCAAAGGAUUGCCACUAGCACUAGUUACAGUUGGACGUGCCAUGUCAGGAGUGAAAAGCGUUGCAGCAUGGAGUCAAGCCAUACAUGAUUUAACACGCUCCUAUUUCAUACAUAAAAAGUUGGAAGAGGAUGUGUUUCAUAUCCUCAAGCUUAGUUAUGACAGACUCCCAAAUGAAACACACAAAAGUUGCUUCCUAUAUUGUGCAUUAUACCCAGAAGAUUAUGAAGUUGAAGUUAAAGAUCUCAUUGAUCGAUGGAUCGGAGAGGGAUUUCUGGGUAAAGGUAGGAUGAAGAAGAGUAUAUAUGAUAUGUAUGAGGAGGGGGAAUCUAUCAUUGAAAAAUUAAAGCUUUCACGUCUCUUAGAGGGCGUUGAAGAUUAUCGUAAUGGGACAUUUAGAAUUAAGAUGCAUGAUGUGAUAAGAGAUAUGGCACUAUGGUUAGCCCGUGAUGAAGAUGGAAACAAAGACAAAGUUGUAGUUGAGGGGGAGGCAUUAGGCAUGUCAGAAAUGGAUUUUGAAAGGUUGAACGAUGUGGAAAGGAUUUCAAUUAUAAAUGCUGCGAGUGGAAGUUGGCAAGUACCAUCUUGUCCAAAUCUCCUAACCCUAUGUGUAAAGGCGGAUAAUAUGAGUAUCACUGACUAUUCAAAUCUGGAAUCCAUGACAAAGUUGAAAGUCUUAGACCUAUCAGGCAAUUAUGUUGUAUAUAUACUAACAGAAAUAAAAGAAUUAAUGAGCUUUGAAUACCUUAAUCUGUCAGGUGCAAAAUUUGGAAAUGGGUUGCAAAUUGUUUUGAAGAAUUGUAAAAAGUUGAGGGUAUUGCUUAUGGAAAAUGUUGAUUCUAUCAUCAUUUCUUUAGAAGAGAUUGCAAGUCUUGAGCAGUUGAAGGUGUUUAGAUUAAGUUACAGAUCUGAAUCAACAAGAGCGGAAGAAGAGAAAACACUCAUAGAGAAGUUGGAAUGCUUACCAAAAUUGGAAGAACUGUGCAUCCAAUUAACAACCACCGCAGGCCUCCGUAAGUUACUUGAGUCGAACAAACUGAGGGAUUGCUUGAGACGUUUUCUGCUUCACAGUAUCACGUCACUUGAUAUGGCAUCAUUUUUAGCAUCUCUAUCAAAAAUGAAGCAUCUGGAAUGGGUAGAGUUAUUCGGAAUUGAAAAUAUUAUGGAAAGCUCAUCCAUUGCUGACAUUUUCCAUCUUUGCAAGCUUCGCCAUGUGCAGAUUAGAUAUUGCCAUUCAAUAACUCAUCUGACAUGGCUGAGGUAUGCUCCGCUUCUUGAGUAUCUUCGUGUUUUCAGUUGUGGUUCAAUUGAAGAGGUGGUGAAGGAAGCCGAAGAUGACAGAGACAACUCUAAUGAUAUAUUCCCAAAUCUUAAAACUCUCCACCUUAGUAAUUUGGGAAAGCUGAAUAGCAUUUAUAAGAGAGCAUUGGCUUUUCCUUCCCUUAAACACAUUGGUGUAUAUCAUUGCCCAAAGCUGAGGAAGCUUCCUUUGAAUUCCAACUCUGCCAAAGACAGCUUGAUUACAAUCAAAGGAGAGUCCGAGUGGUGGAACAAUUUAGAGUGGGAUGAUGUAGCCGUUAAAGACCUACUCCAAUCAAAAUUUCAAUCAUAUGAUGUGACUGAGUAG